GGUCAAAGUUUAUAUAGUUUGACCAAAAAGUCAAAAAGGAAAUUUGAUUUGGUGAAUCAUGUAGUUUAAAUUUAAAUUAUAGUGAUCGGGAAGGUACACUCAUACUAACUAUAGUAACGAUCUUAUUUAGAACUUAUAUUUGAGUUAUGUUUAAGAUUCAAUGAUCCAAGAAAGUAAUUGGUAGAGCAUAUUGGCUCAAACACACGGUCCACAUACUCUUGGACACACAACGAUACAAGCUCAUGACACCACUUGAACCUCUCUACCAAAUCCGGUCCAGAAUGAAGAAAUAUAACUGCUGUUUGAAUUGUGCUCCUCAGACAUAUCACCCCUGACAUGUCACCUCGGUCAGGCUUAUCCAGAGAACACCAGACAGAAUGGCACAGGUAUAGGAAGAACACCUAGCCGAGGUGCACCUGCACCUCGGUCAACAGAAUGUACCUGGCCACAAGUGGAUUAGAGAAUGACACGCGUCGCACUCUGCCACACCCUCAGAGCUCUCGUCCACAUAAUAGUCAACACGUGUACUGCAUUUAAUGCAUCACCUCAUUAAUUACUGGUAUAAUACCCCCUUGUCGGCAAUUGUAAAGGGUUCGAAUCCCAUUUAAUACACAACUACUUUCUCUCUCUACUCAUAGCUUUCCCUUCUCUCUAUAAUACCGCUAGUGGUUUACUGGAAAGCUAUUAGUAAUAAUAUGUGUUUUUCAUAAAGUUUUAAUUUUUGUAUUUUAAUUUACACACAUAUAUUCUCCCUCUACUUUACUCGCCCAAAAGUUAUACUUUCAUCUAACUCAAGAAGUACCAUAUCAUUUUCCACCCUAUUAAUCCACAUCUGUUUAAUUUGUGUCUUCCUCAAUCUCCUCUCAGCCUCUGCUUGCGGAUUAAUCCACAUAUGUUUGUGUCUUCUCAACACCUCUCAACUCGAUUAUCAGGUCUAGUUGUUGCACGCUAAAACAUACUCUUCAAUCUUGUCGACAUAACUUGAUCGCAUAGAAAUCAUGACACAUUCUUCCUAUUCAUCCACGCUGUUUUGAUUCUAUGAGAUACAUCUACAUCUAGUCAACCGUCCUUCUGAAUUAUGGAGCUCGGGUAGCGGGACCUAUCACUCACCAAUGUCACCUUAUCAUUUAAGAUUACAUGGAUGCCAUAUACAGUUCAGAUGUUAGAGGAGUUACCCCCGACAGGACGAGAACAUUAUGCUAUAUGGAGAGCACGUGUGUCGUUGAUAUGCUUUGACAUUGUUGAGCUUCAUUUGCCUGAUCGUGUUAUGCAGCAGUUUGGCUAUGAGCAGGUCAUUCCAGCACCUGUCGAUACAUUUGUAGAUCUUCAUAAGUUGGAUAGGCGUGGGAAGCCUACAGAGGAUUGGUCGCUCCGACAUGCCCGAUACGUGGCUAUAUGGGAUAGGCGAGCGGAGCUUGUUGUGACUGGGACGCCGACAUUUGUACCAUCUGUUUCUACAGACUACAUGAGAUUGUAUUACAACAUCACGCGGGUGUUUGUAUCUCCAUCUUUCAGACUCCCUACUCACCACUAUCAGCCUAGUUCCAUGCCUUUGCACUUCACGACACGAGCUUUGCAGCAUAUACAUGAGCGAGCGACUACCACAGUUAGUGAGACGCAUGACAUGGACACGUACCAUCAGGUUCUAACGGGCAUUGCUUACUUGUGUUCGGAUGUGCUUGGGCGAGUGGACUAUGAUCAUCUUCUACAUAUAACCCCUUCUCAGGAUUCUACGCCAUUGACAUCUACAGCAGCAACAACUUCUACAUCUCAGACUCGGCGUGACAGAGUUGUUCUUCAGCCACGUCAACGGCGUAGGCGUAUGCGUCAACAGCCACACCUCCAUGACCAAGACGACCAAGAAGACCUUCAUAACUUGUAGUCUGUCUCCAUUAUUGGACUUAUUCAUGUAGCCCGAAUUUGUAGAUUUUUGUUUUUGAAAUUUGUGAAACACUUUACUUUAUGACAUAUGUCCA